CUCUUGACGGCAAACCACAGUAAAGACCUCCUUCUCAUCCGUUCUCUUACAUUACGCAUUUAAAUUCAAUACCUACCUAAUUCCAUCCUUCUGUUCCACCGCUGCCAAAGCUCCCAACUGAUUUCUCCCAUUUAUCCCUUUUGUUGUUCACUGAUGAUGGAUGAUAAGAAUGAAUUGGCUGAUCAAAACCUCGGAAACUCUAAUUCAAUUAAUUCAGCUGUUCAAGAAACCAGGAUUACAAUCAGGGAUGACGGCAAUUUUCAAGAUAGAAGGGAUCAAUGUGGCGGUGGUUCUGAUGAGAAGUCAAAAGGGGUUAUGGGAAAUGCGGAGUUGAGACAAGGGUCCAGCGGUGUAGGGGUAGGGGAGCCGUCUUGCCCGGAUAAUGCCGGGCGUGGGAACAAGGAGAUUUUGGACAACCAAAAAUUGUGUCGGAUAUGCCAUCUGAGUAGAUUAGAAGAAAAGGAAAUGGAUUUGUCGGAUUUAAUUGAACUUGGAUGCGCUUGCCGUGGGGAGCUUGGUUUUGCUCAUUCACUUUGUGCUGAGGCUUGGUUCAAGCUCAGAGGAAAUAGAUUAUGUGAAAUUUGUGGGGAAACUGCAGAAAACAUCAGUGGUACCAGCGACAAUAGGUUCAUUGAAGAGUGGAAUGAAAAUGGAUUGGCCGCAGGUGCUACACCCGUGUCAAGGAGAAGGGUUUGUUGGCAGGACCAACCAUUGUGUAACUUCUUGAUGGCUUGCUUAGUACUAGCAUUUGUUUUGUCAUGGUUUUUCCGUGUAAAUAUGUUUUGACCAUAUAAAUUAGGAUAUAUAUUCAGUGAGUAAUAGUUUCUUUUAGUUCUUGAGUUUUGUGUUGCAAGACGGAGGUUGCUAGUUUUCCCCGGUAGGAUCCAUUCAGUUGCAAGUAUAAUUCUGUGAAGUGCUUCACAAAUUGGAUUAUGAAAGUUCAUUGAGUAACCUUCACGUUUGGGCCAUGGACAUCUUUCUGUUUAUCAAUAGCGUUAGCAGGGGAAACUCGAAAGGUCAGUUCCUUUUCUGCAUUAAACUUUGCGUCUGUGCAAUUAUUUAUGUAGUCGAAGAUGUGCUUCUGUACAUCUGAAAGGGUCCAUAUUGGUACGGUUGUGAAUAUAAUAUAUUCGUAGUGGUGCUAUGGAAAAAUUAAACUGCUGAAUGGAUAUGUUUG